AUGGUGCCCUUGUUUGGAUCGGAGCAAAGUGGAGUGAACCGCCCUUGCAGUUGUUCUGAACUUCUGAAGAGCCUAACAGCCCUGCGACUCCACUGGAACAGCCACGGGAGGGAGAAACAGAAACAAGCAAAACGUCACAGAAGAGCUGAAGACGGGUUCCCGAACUCGACUCCCAGCUAUGAUGCGUUGACACACACUUCGUACCGUAGUUUCUAUCCUGGCCGCGCUUGCAAUCGUGAGAAGGUUGUGGACGAACCAAGGAUCCGAUCUGGACUGCCCGGUAUAUUUGAGUUCAACGGUCGACACUGCCUAGAACCCUAA